AUGGCUUUGACGGCGGAGCAAGUUGCAACAGAGCUGCAGGCCCUAAGGAUGGAACUACAGGAAAGCAGGCGCCGGGAAGAGGAGCUGAACAACCGGGUGCAGUCCUUGCAAUCCGGUGGCCAUGGGUUGCAGGAGGCAAUGGCCUCUCUGGCAGCCGUCCAGCGUGAGGCGCUGGAAAGGUCAUGGAGCCGAGAAGAAAGGGUGACCCUUGUGGACAACAAGGGGCUUGCAAAGCCGGACAAGUUCGGAAAGCCCGGCUCUGAGCACCACUUUCUGCAGUGGAAGGUACGGCUGGAGACCUUCGUGCUGAGCAUCCACAAAGACCUGGAGCAAGCGCUGAGCUACAUGUGGUGA